AUGUCAUCAGGAAUUCAAUCAUUGUUAAAGACAGAAAAGGAAGCUGCUGAGAUUGUCAAUGAAGCUAGAAAAUACAGAACCAAUCGAUUAAAGUCCGCCAAGCAAGAUGCUCAAGGAGAAAUUGAUGCUUAUAAGAAACAAAAGGAAGCUGAAUUGAAGGCAUACGAAAAGGAGCACGAAGGAUUGAAUGAAUCAAUUGACAAAGAAGCCGAUUCUCAAGUCGAAAAGGAAUUGGCUGCUAUUAAUGCCAAGUAUUCUGAAAAGAAGGACGUUGUCGUGAAAUUGUUGGUUGAUGCCACCAUUAAACCAACUCCUGAAUUACACAUCAAUGCUGCGUAA